AUGGAUAAGGACGAUGAGUUGUUUGUGUACGUCGACGGAGACGAGAUAUACGACGGCGAAGACGAUGAUGAAGAGGAAGAUGGCGAUGGUGGCAUCGCUUCUGAGGUGGCCGAACUCUUCAAGCCGCACAGGAUCUCGCACAUUUACGUUGGCGGCGGCAGUGCGGCCGCGGGCACGAAGACCAGCCACCAUGUGACGGUCUCCAGCGUCCUGCUGUACAACGAAGCGCUCACUGGUGAAGAGAUCCGAAAGCUCGCAGAGAGCAAAGUGGCUCUUGGAGGACCAGCUGCCGGGAACGCAGGCGGCGAGCUGCAGGCGGCUCCUCCGGUGUCCACCUCUGAGGGUGGGGAGGCUGUUCCCGAAGUGAAGCCUGAGGACGCCCGCGGUGAGCAGCAAACGGAGGACGGCGGGGGCACGGAGGGUUUGCAGGAAAAAAAGGACGGUGCUGCUGGUGAGGCGCCGGUGCGUGAGGAACGUUCGCCGGCGGAGUUGGGGAGUGGCGCUGCAAAUGCCUCUCCUCAGCAGCCGGUAAAUGCACUGCCGCAUGCAACCGGGACCCCGAAAGUUGAGGGCGAAGGGUCGCAAAAAGCGGAAGCGGGAUCUGCUGGGGACCCGGCACCGCGGGAGGAAGACGCAGGAGUGCCGGACCCGGGAGCUGCGCCGCAGAGCAGCGGCGUGGAGGUCGCUUCAGAGCCCACUGGGGACUCCCUCCUCAGCUCCCCAGAGGAAAAACACCAACAAGAGGAAGAAAAGGAUCUGCGACCUCAGUUAUCGCCGGAAGCAGACAGAGAGGCAGGCGACGCGUCAACACCUUCUAACGUCACGCGCAACUCCGACGCAGAGGAAGCAGAAGAGGCGGAGGAUGUAAAAGAAAAGAAGGAGCUGGAGGAGGAAGCGACAGAAGUCAGUGGCGGUGCAUUGGCGUCCCCACCGACGGCAGCGCCGGCUGCGGCUGGUGCUCCUCGCCCAGGCGCAACUGAGCAGGCCGUCGGUGCGGAAACUUCCGAGCGGCAACGAGGGCCCUUGCCUCCCGCAGACGGUGCAGGCACGACGGUCCCGGCGGGUGACGGCCAGGCGCGGCAGGGCGCUCCGUCGCACGCGCCAGAGGCCGUUGGCGGCGUGCCGUCUGCUUCCGCCGCGCCCACCGACGAGACGCCAAACGCUGCCGCCAAUGAAAAUGGCGCAGGCCCCCAAACUGCGGCGGACGCGGACGGCGGCCACGAGGCACCCAGCAACGCCGCCACGACCCCCACGGCUCAGGCGCCUGGGCAGCCAGGCACCACGCCAACACGCGACGCUGCACCGCACGUAAGCAACAGCUCUACCACUUUCAAGAACAUCACAGGGCCGUACCCGAUGAACACAGAGAGCGACGGCGCUGUGCGUGGGUGCGUGACUUGGCUAUUGCUGCUGACUCUUCUGGCGCUUUGUGGCGUCGCGGCAGGCUUCUGA